AUGCCCCACCUAACAGUGUGCAACCGGCGGCUCAGCUGGACUCUGACCUUAGUGCUGGGGUACCUCUUUUAUCUCCUCCUGGGGGCCAUGGUGUUUCAGCUGCUAGAAAAGCAGGCAGAAGCCAAGACUCGGGACCAGUUCCAAUUGGAGAAGCUCAAGUUUCUGCAAAACUACACCUGCUUGGAUCAACAAGCCCUGGAGCAGUUUGUGCAGGUUAUUAUGGAAGCCUGGGAAAAAGGCAUCAACCCAGAAGGGAAUUCAACCAAUCCCAGUAACUGGGACUUCAGCAACAGCUUCUUCUUUGCUGGGACUGUUGUGACCACCAUAGGAUAUGGAAACUUGGCCCCCAGCACAGUACCUGGGCAGGUGUUCUGUGUAUUUUACGCUUUGUUUGGAGUGCCCCUUAACCUGGCAUUUCUCAACCAGCUGGGGAAAGGGCUCAGUGCUCACCUGAUCAACCUGGAGCGAUGGGUCCACAAGCCAGGCCGAGCUCGGAUCAUACAGGCUCUGACAAUGGUGUUCUUUCUGACUGUCGGCACUCUGCUUUUCCUGGUUUUCCCACCUAUGAUCUUCAGUUACGUGGAAGGCUGGACUUAUGGAGAAGGCUUCUACUUCACCUUCAUCACCCUCAGCACCAUAGGCUUUGGAGACUAUGUAGUAGGCACAGAUCCUAACAAGCACUAUAUCUCCAUCUAUAGAAGCCUGGCUGCAAUUUGGAUUGUUUUUGGCUUAGCCUGGCUCGCUCUGAUCCUCAACCUAGGGGCUGACCUGAUGGAGAAAUUCCUGCAGCUGAACUGGCAAAAGCCCAAUCCAGCCACUGUGGAGGCAGGUGCCACCAAAUCAGAGGAAAAUCCAGAACAGCCUAGGAUCUGCAUCCCCAGCUGA